ACCAAACCCAAGUCUGGUUCAUAGAUCUGUCUCAGUCGCUUAUUUCUUAUCAAUCUCUGUCGCUAUCCAAGCCCUCACACGGUGUGCGAUAUCUGCUGGGAGAUCCACCAUCAAUUCGAAGCAUCCCUAAGUCCAAGGUCCUCUACAGGCGAACACGAUCGCUCCGUGCUCUGCUCGCAUUCCCCGACCGUCGGCAAUCGAUAGAGCGCUUCCGACCUAUCGCCAUUAUGGGUGUCUGAACCUGCUGUGCGACGACAAAUUCUUACUGGCAUUGAUGACAUUUCCUACAUAUGAUUUUGUGGCGUGUGUGGCCUGCUUUGACCGCGACGUGAAACGUCCUGGUAGCCUGUUCGAUUAUGGAGAAUGACGGGCACCUGGCCCCUCGCCAGAUUUGGGUUCAGCCAACGACAACGACAACCAGGGCAUACGAAUCAGGCUGUACUCCAUUUCUACUACCAAGCGAUGGCCAUGUUUAUUUGAAUCGAUCCUAUGCGAUUACUUUGACCGAAAAUGCGAUUUACGAACCGGUCUGUACCAGUACAGCGACUGCCACGCAACAUGCGGUCGCGGCGCUUGACACCACCGACCCCUUUUACUCUUCGGUAGCGCCCCAACUGUACGCCAUGGGCUGCACGACUGUGGUCAGCUACUUGCUCGUCAUCAUUCUUCUCAUCACGCCGCGCACGUUCUAUGUUGGUGGUCCUGGUGGUGGCGCGAACUUAUUGGGAAGGCGCGGCAUGAUCACCGGUUCAUACAGCGGUAAUUCUUCGGUGGUUGGCGUGGGUGGUCGCCCUUGGCUACAGAAAGUCGCAGCGCUGCUGGUAGCUGUAUCGCUCACAAUUGCUACUGUGGAUUCAUUCCGGGUCGCCGAACAACAAUAUUAUUAUGGGUACUCUGACGCUGAGGCGUUAGCUGACGAAGUCAUUGAUGGGAUGGAGAUCCGAGUUGUUCGAGUCAUCUCGAGCACGUUUCUCUGGCUUGCUCAAGUUCAGACUCUAAUUCGCCUCUUUCCCCGGCACAAAGAGAAGGUCAUGAUUAAGUGGGCAGGAUUCGCAUUGAUCGUGUUCGAUACCACAUUCAGCAUCCUGGAUAAAUUCCUGGUGAAAUCUCAUACCACGCGUCCGCGAUUAUACGAAGACGCGAUACCGGCGUUGAGUUACCUCUUCGAGCUUGCUCUGAACUUGCUCUACGCCGCCUGGGUCAUUUUCUAUUCUCUCUCGAAACACCGAUUCGCUUUCUUUCAUCCGAAAAUGAGGAACAUCUGCUUGGUGGCUCUUUUGUCUCUGUGCGCUGUCCUUAUACCGGUCGUCUUUUUUGUUCUGGAUAUGGCGAAGCCAAAGGUUGCUGGGUGGGGUACCUAUGUUCGAUGGGUUGGAUCAGCUGCAGCGAGUGUCGUUGUCUGGGAAUGGGUGGAACGGAUCGAAGCUCUGGAGAGAGAUGAGCGGAAGGAUGGCAUCUUGGGACGGGAGAUAUUUGAUGGAGACGAAAUGCUCGAAGUAACUCCUUCCGAGGAGGUCGAUUGGCCUCGUUACAACCCCAACAAUAAUGAUCGCGGCGGUGGUGCUGGCAUGUCCUCCGGCUGGGGAGGUAUGAUGGGCCUGGCUCAUCGUCCUCUGCGAACCAGAGGUGGGCGCAAUUGGCAGUCUAACUUGGAGAACCAGACAAAUCUUGCAUCCGCUGACGCUAGGCGCCGGAGGAUUGUUUCGCGGCCAACCCCUCCACCUGCGGCCCUCACUCCCGUCAGUCGGGCCGAUACUACAAGUGCCGCCAGUACCGUGUACAACGUGCAUUACCACCCCGUGUCCAGUCCGACGCCACCAGUUGCGAUGCCACAUAUGGAGGAGGAAGAAGAGGGGAUGGACGAUGAAGUGGCUGCCAAGGAGAUGGCAACAGCUAUGGAGAGCCAACAAGCUGGUCUAAUUCAUGAUAGAUUGUCGGAACAGCAGACCAGAGAACAAUCUCCUCAAAUUGUUCAGUUGGACAAGGGGUGGCGAACUUUAUUGAAUCCAUUCAAACGAAGACGCGCAUCUCUGCCAAAAGAGGUUGCUUCAGCACAAGCGAGAGAAGAAGCCCCUGGAUCGCAUCCUACUGGAGAGGAUAAUCCCCCUCCGGACCUUCCCUCGGACGACAGCGAUGAUGAGUACAAUUCUCGACCCAAUCGAGCUGGAGCUUUCUUCCCGAUCCCGAAACGAUUGCGACCCGGCUCUGGACGUCAAGGCUCAGGUUCUCCACUGCCAGUAACUGUCAUCCCUGCGAGACGGCGAGGACAGCAAACCUGGUCGCCGCAGCAUUUCAAUGAUAGUGGUAUUUUAGAAACGACAAACUCCAGUCAGCGGGCCCCCUCGGGGCGUGCUGAAGGUCGUACGGACCUGCCUUUGAGAGUCAUCCAGCCGCAAACUCGAAGCGCUGCGCCCUGGAGCGUAGACGAUGGCAAUAUGUAUCAGGAACUGCGCUAUGAUCCCGAGGCAGCGGCUCUAGUGGGCUUUGAUGAUUAUCGCCCAGAUCAAGCUUCAACUCCUGCUGCUUAUUUCAUUUCGGAGCCGGCUUUGGACGACAACACUGAUGGGCGCCAACUAACGGGUGCAGACGAAAAUCUAACAGAGCCAUCACCCUCGCCACAGUCUCCUCAUGCUCAAUCGAACGGCAAUCCACCAAAUCGUGUCACACGAUCCCAGCAAUAA